UCCUCUUGCAGUCCACCUGAAUCCUCUUCCCUUGACAACAUGUGUUGUAACUACUACGGCAACUCCUGUGGCUAUGGCUGUGGAAACAGAUAUAGCUGUGGACUCAGCCCCUACUAUGGCUGUGGAUAUGGAGCUAGAUAUGGCUGUGGAUAUGGCUCAGGAUACAGCUGUGGCUAUAGAACAGGAUAUGGCUGUGGAUACGGCUCAGGAUAUGGCUCAGGAUAUGGCUGUGGAUAUGGCUGUGGAUACGGUUCAGGAUACAGCUGUGGAUUUAGCCCUUAUUAUGGCUGUGGCUAUGGAACCAGAUAUGGCUGUGGCUAUGGCUCUGGAUACAGCUGUGGAUUCAGCCCCUAUUAUGGCUGUGGAUACAGCUCCCCGUAUGGCUGUGGUUAUGGGAUAAGAUAUGGCUGUGGAUAUGGUCCCUACUUUGGCUAUGGAUAUGGCUCUGGCUAUUACAGUUACCGGCCAGUCUGCUACGGGUAUUAUUCUUCUUGCUGCUAGAGCAUCACCAUCCAAGCCUUCUGAAAUAACAACACAUCUAAAGAUAAUGCUGAUUCAAGGAUUUUUAAGCUACAUUUCUAUAUCUAAGAAAUUACAUGCCUGACAGAGACUUUGACCUCCAGCCGCCCAUUUUUAGAUUGACAUCCUUGAAGCCUGAAGUUCCAUGAUAGCACCUGGUCAUUUCCCUAGAGUUAACCUUUAUCGUCUUAAUCUGUGACUCUUUUAUGGCUGUGUUGAUGAUCGUAGCAUCAUACAGUGGGGGAAAUCUCUUAUUCUCAAUAAAAAUGGUUCAU